AUGCUGGCGACGAUCCAUUCCCUUCGCCGUGUGGCACCGACCCUCAGGACGGCCUCUACGGCCACCUGUGUGCGACUUCUAGCGACACAGGCGGCAAAAGCAAGACAGAGUGACGAGGACUAUGUUUCCAAAACGAGGCGAAUCUUUCACGACCACCGACCUGCCCUCCCCCGAUUUGUCGUCCAGGGCGAAACUGUCACCCCAAUCCUCAGCCCAUCCAAAUUUUACAACGAGAUGAAGGAUCAUAUCAAGAAAGCGCAAAAAUCAAUCACCCUGGCAGCUUUGUAUCUGGGACACACUGAAAACGAUCUUGUCGAGGCGCUAUCGGAGGCAUUGCGGAGUCGACCUGGCUUGAAGGUCAACUUGCUUCUUGACUCGCUCAGAGGGACGCGAGAUUCCGGAAAAGGUAGCUCGGCAUCUUUGCUCUACCCGUUGCUCAAGGCGUAUCCGAAUCAGGUCCGAAUUUCGAUGUACCACACACCCGAUCUCAGCGGACUGUUGAAGCAAGUCAUGCCACCACGAUUCAACGAAGGCAUUGGGCUUAUGCAUAUGAAGGUCUAUGCAUUUGAUGACACCUUGAUCAUGAGCGGUGCCAAUAUGAGUCAUGAUUACUUUACCAAUCGCCAGGAUCGGUACGUGAUGUUCAAGAACAAGGACAUCAGCGAAUAUUACUGCGAUCUUGUCAAGGUGGUCUCCGAUCUGUCUUAUGGGUUGCAGCACAAAGGUGAUACUUUCCAAUUGGAGAUCGGCGACGGUGUCCCGGAUCCGGUAGAGCAGAGCAAGGCCUUCAAAAAGCAUGCCACCAAGACUGUACGGGCAUUCAUGAAAAAGUGGGCAACUGUUCAGCAAUCACCAAAGGACGCUUCUUAUGACACGACCCUGCAUCCUCUCAUUCAAAUGGGUCCUCUUGGUAUUCGACAGGACGAAAGAGUCACACUCUCCGUACUGGAUCAUGUCCUUCACGAUCAGGAACUGGAGGGCUCAGCCAAAGUCUUUAUCACAUCUGGAUACUUCAACUUUGAGAAGCGCUAUAGCCAAUCGAUCAUCCACGCCAAAGCAGCCAACGUCGGUCUUAUCGCUGCCUCCCCCGAGGCCAAUGGAUUUUUCAACUCUGCCGGUAUCUCUAAGUACAUUCCGCCAGCGUAUACACUCAUCGAGCAGCGUUUCUUUAACGACGCCAAAGCAGCUGGGAAUGGCGAGCGGAUAAAAAUCGAGGAGUACGCGCGCAAAGGAUGGACAUAUCACGCCAAAGUGAUGACUACGAUUGGAUCCCCUAACUUUGGCUACCGGUCAAUUGUUCGAGAUUUGGAGGCUCAGCUGUUUCUUGUUACUUCCAACCUUGGGCUGAGAAAGAGUCUUCAUGAGGAGCUGGGCAGUUUGCGCAAGUAUUCUUACCCGGUGACAGAGGAGACAUUCAAGGUACCGGAGCGACAGGUGCCAGUGUGGGUUGGGAGUGCCAGUCGGGCUAUCCGUACAAUGCUGUGA